CAGAUCAUGCCCAAGGUGACCAACAAGACGAGCCCUAUUGAGAGUAUGAACAUUAUUUUCGAUCAUGGAUGGGGUCACCACUUAUCCCUCCGUAGCCCCACAAACAUUCACCAUUUAUCCCUAGCCCUAAAGUUGGCAUUAUUAGGCAUCGCCUUCUUUAUUGAAAGUGAUUGAAGUGGAAUCCAAUGGGCGGUAAUUGUAGAAUCAAGGAAAAUAUAAACAACAUUAUUAGACAGGAAACCAGACAGAAAAGCUUUACCAUUUGGAAACCAAGUAAAGCAAAAAAAAAAAAAGGCCAUGAAGUUCUUGUUCCAGUGUCCUUGCUGUUCUUGUUUCUGCUUCCUGAAGCCUAAGCAAGGGAAACCAAAGGUGAAGGAUGGUAAGGAAGAGAAGAAGGAAGAGAAGAAGGAAGUCAAGGGGGAUAAGGCAGAGUGAAAAAUGCAAGUUGCAGUCUCUCAUUUGGCUGAAAUGAUAAGUCCAUUUUCUUUCUUCUAUAUUCUUCCCUGCUGCACAAAUAAUUGUAUUUGUAUGUAAUUUUUCUUAAUUUAUAUGUAAGUUUCCAUGAAAAUACUGCCUUCUCAUCCUUAUAGUAUUGCCUUGUACUGAAAAUAAAAAGACAUUUUCAUCAUGUUUUCCUUUGGAAUUCGAUACGAUGUAUGUCCUGCAAAUGUUGCUUGAUUUGAUCAAUAUCAUGUGAUGUCCUUAAACGAA